AUGGUGGUCGUGCAAGGUACACUGCGAUUUAAAAACAACCUCGACAUACACAAGGAGUGGCUACUGAAGAACGAGGGGAACGUGCCCAAACCCCCUCCCAAUCGACCUCUGAAACGCAUCUCUGCCAAUCGCCCAAAGUCUCCGACCGCCAAACGAAUACAGUCAUCCGGUGGCGUGGGGGACGGAGCUGAGAGUAGCAUCACAGGCAUACCGAAAAACAAGCCAGACGCGACAUCUGUCGGCCCAAGGUCAACCACACAGCCCAUGCGGACACAGACACAUCCUCAACCACAGAAACAAGCGACAGCAUCAAACACAAACGACAUGAGGCCAACGAUAGCAGGGCCACAGAAGGCUGCUAGAUCGGUCACACUGAUGUCAUCUGCAGGGUCGGAAACAUCGCCAGAGACCCACGCUACGGCGCAAAGACCCAACAUUGCAGCACCGGUGGCAAAAUCAGUGCCCAGUCAAUCGAAACCUUUCCCUGAUGAGUUCUCGGAGUUCUCGGAGCUGUCGGACUUUAAUCUCUCAUCCGAUGACCUUCCCGCACCUAUUGCAAGGAAGGCUCUACGCACAGCAACAGCCACAACCAUCCCAUGCACUAUGCCGUCUGUUCUUGCAACCCCCAAAGCUUUACGACCACCAUCAGCCAUCCCUACAAAUGCAGAACUGAUGGAGUUGCUGCAACUGUAUAGAAAGCUCCGGCAUCGACCACAAGAUGUGCUGCUGCUAGCACAGAUUGACGAGCUGGAGGCAGCUCUGAAACCCGACACAUCUGCCUUUGAUAGAGAUACUCUUACCCAGGUACCUGACACGCCAGCACGCCCAAACAGCAGGGCCGACUCUCCACAAGUUGUCUCUGACUCGGAACCCGACGACGAAAUAUUGGAGCUACCCGAAAAACAAACAGGUAAGGAAAAGAAAGAGGAACCGCAACAGAAGAAAAGUCUGUCCGACUUCGACAUGGACGACAUUGAUCUGGACCUGGAACUCGAGCUUGAUAUGGCCAAAAACGACUCUGACGACGAGUGUAACGAUAGCAUGUCGUUCAGUGAUGCUCAGGAAAAUUUCCAGAAGCCUCUGGCGCCUCCUAGUGUCACCCCCAGGAAACCUAUAGAGGCAUCUCAUCAUGAAUCCGAACCCAUUGAGAUCGAUAGUGACGAUUUCGAGUCUGAUUUCUCAGUGAUUCAAGUCCAGAGUCCCAAUAGAGAAGAUAGAGACCCCGACUCUUCUGCUCUUAACCCAUUCGGACCCGGCAGAACGUUGUUUCCAUCAUCUUCUCCUACCAGAUUCAGCUUGGCUGACGACGAUAUGGACUUUGACGAGGCCCUGGACAAGGUGGGCAACCGACGCGAGGUUGGGGCGUCCACACAGGGUAUCCUCGACAUUGGGAUCGGUAUUGGCGACGACCUGGACCUCUCUGAUGGCUCAGAAGAGUGUGUUGCGAUCGAGGAAGACGAGUACCCGUGGACACAGGAGGUUUACAAGGUAUUACGCGAACGGUUCAUGCUCAAUGAAUUCCGCGCUAACCAGCUUCAUGCAAUUAAUGCCACUUUGAACGGUGAUGAUGUGCUUGUUCUCAUGCCUACAGGCGGAGGAAAGUCUCUCUGCUACCAAUUGCCAGCCCUGGUGAACGGUGGCAAGACACGGGGACUUUCUGUGGUCAUUUCGCCUCUUAUUUCGCUCAUGAAGGACCAGACCGAAGCUCUUACUGCUAAGAACAUCUCUUGUGCCAUGUUCAAUUCGUCACAAUCUGUACAGGAACGUAAGCAGUCGUUGGCAGCCCUUUCCAGUGGUGAUAUUGCACUGCUCUAUGUUUCCCCCGAGAUGUUUCAGCAAAGCAACAUCAUGCAGAACACACUUCAUAAGCUGCAUGAGCAGAAUCGGCUAGCUCGAAUCGUCAUUGACGAGGCCCAUUGUGUUUCUUCCUGGGGUCACGACUUCCGUCCCGAUUACAAGGCUCUAGUAAAUGUGAAGUCUCGUCUUCCCGGCGUUCCUAUAAUGGCUCUGACAGCUACUGCCAACGAAAAGGUACGUAUGGACAUUCAGGGCUGUCUUCGACCUAACAGGCGGUUCUUCAAGCAGUCGUUCAACCGACCUAAUCUCUACUACGAGGUGCGGUUGAAGACAAAGAACUUUCAACAGGAGAUUACAGAUAUGCUGCGAGGCCGCUACAGAGGACAAACAGGCAUUAUUUAUUGCCACUCCAAGAAACUGUGUGAGACCACAUCUGAGUUUUUAAAGGAAGCUGGAAUCAAGGCUGAUUUCUACCAUGCUGGAAUGGAGACAGAGCAGCGAACAUACGUGCAGGGCAACUGGCAAUCUGGCAAAAUUCAGGUUGUUUGUGCUACCAUUGCGUUUGGAAUGGGUAUCGAUAAGGCUGAUGUGCGAUACGUCAUCCACUGCACUGUGCCUCGAAACAUGGAGGGAUACUACCAGGAGACUGGCCGAGCUGGUCGAGACGGGCUUCCUUCCAAAUGCAUUGUGUACUUCAGCCAGAAGGAUGCCCGGCAAAUGCUGUUCAACAUUGCCAACGAUGAGUUUCUGGGUGAGAACGGCAAAGUAGACUGGGCGUUGACCCAACGUCAGCGUACUCACCACCGAGAGCUGAUGCAGGGUGUCAUUAACUACUGUGAGAACAGAGUUGAUUGUCGACGAGUGCAGGUGCUGCGGUACUUCAACGAAACGUUCGAUCCUAAGCUCUGUCGAAACUCGUGUGACAACUGUCAGUAUGGCCAUGAAUACACUCGGGAGACCAGAGAUGUGACUGAUGUGGCUAAGAAUAUCAUCAAAUUGGUUUCCGCCGCCACCCAGGAUAACCAAAACAUCACUGUGGCCUACUGCGGUGACUUGAUACGAGGUUCAGCAACGAAGAAGGUUAAGGAUCUGGGUCACAACGAAUUGGCAGGGUACGGUACAGGUAAGGUGUACGACAAGACGACGUUGGAACGAAUUAUCACCAAACUGAUUCUGAUGAAGGCGUUGAGGGCACACACAGAGAGAAACAAGUCCGGAUUCGCAUGUACGUAUCUCCGACCGGACUCUUUGUGGCGAGACGUGUUACAGGGCAACGAGGAGGUGACAAUUGUCACUCAUGUUCAUGACACUGGCAGCAAAAAGACCGUGCCUGGUCUCAAUCGGACGAACAGUCGCCCCGAAGGCGAGCCUAUGGGUUUCGAAACAGCCAGUUCGUUUGCGAGAAGGACCAACUCUCUGGAUCCCCUCACUCCCUCAGGAGCGUACGCUCAACCCAAUCCCAAACCAACUUCUCGAAGCCGUGCUGCUCUUCUGACCACCACGGCCACUUCCAGUAUAAAAAACAGAGUGACCAAGACGAGCACUCCCACAACUGCGAAGAAGCCGGUGGCUCGGACCCUCAAUGGAGCUGGCCUCCAGAGAACUACUGCUUCCAAAACCCCUUCCAGGGUCAAGACCACAGCUACCAUCAACCUGACAUCCGAUUCCAGCACUAGCAGCAAACCUGCUGCUCCUAAACCCGCUGGCAGUGCAGCCACAACCGCUACCAAAACCACUCCGAUCUCAAACAACAAAUCGACUUCUAGCUUCUUUGACAGGCCACUUUCGGAGGCCGCAUUGACCCAGAGACACCAAGGAGAGGCCUACAAGCGAUUAGAGGAGGUGCGGUCUGAUCACUGCAACGAGCAGAACCUCACCCGGCCUUCCAGUGUGUGCAGCGAGGAUGUGCUGGAGGUGCUGUCGUAUGAGUUGCCCACUAGCUACAGCGAGUUUGCGACUCUUCUUCCGGACCACAAGCAGUUGUUUGUGGUGUUUGCUCCAGCUCUGAAGCUGCUGAAGCAGGAGAGGGAGUCCUUAAAGGUCAACAGAGGGGUUUCCAAGGGUGGAGCCACGUCGUUGAAGGACAAGUUUGCAUACACGUCAUGA